UAGCUUAUUCUCAUCAUUCAAUAUCUCAUAUCAACGAACAAAACGCCGCAGUUUCCAAAGACAAGUGAGAGGGAAACUUGUUGCGGAUAGAGAUCUAGUCAAUGAUACCGAGGACAAUCACUUGGGUCGGUGUACAGCCUUCUCAACAGCUGUCAGGAGCUUCGAUCUGCGUCUCCAUCUGCAUCCUCGGUGAAUUCCUCCACGGGUACGCCGCCAAGGCAGGAGACUCGCCGCUUGUUUCACGGUUGUGAGGUACCACCGGAGACACCAUGAGCCAGAGGUUUACCGUGACCGCCUUUUCCAAGAGCGACAGCGGCCGCAACGUGUCAGACAUCCAGGGCGAGGUGAACCAACUGUUCGAGGGAGAUGAACCCACUCCGAGCUCUUCAAACAAAGAGGUGUCUUUCAAUACGGAGGUAGUGGUUGUGCAAGGUGAUGGGAACCCCAAGGAGAGUAGUCCUUUCAUCAACAGCAGUGAUGCUACGGAGAAGAGCCAGAAAUACGAUGGCAAACAUAUGGCUCUGUUUGAGGAGGAGAUGGAGACUAGUCCCAUGGUAUCAACCAUGAUCAGUAGCCUGGCCAACUACUCCAGUCUCCCCCAGGGCAGCAAGGAGCACGAGGAGGAGGCAGACAAUGAGGAGGAAGACAAAAAGAAGAAGAAACCUGUCAAGGCUCCACAGUUGGGGACCCUGAUGGGGGUGUACCUCCCCUGUAUCCAGAACAUCUUCGGGGUGAUCCUGUUCCUGCGGAUGACCUGGAUGGUCGGCAUCGGAGGAGUCAUUGGCUCUUUCAUCAUCGUCUUCAUGUGUUGUUCUACUACUAUGCUGACUGCAAUCUCCAUGAGUGCCAUUGCCACCAAUGGUGUUGUUCCAGCUGGAGGCUCCUACUACAUGAUCUCCCGUUCUCUGGGGCCUGAGUUUGGGGGCGCCGUGGGCAUUUGUUUCUACCUGGGAACAACGUUUGCUGGAGCCAUGUACAUCCUGGGGUCCAUCGAACUCUUACUGGUCUACAUCCUCCCCCAGGCAGCCAUCUUUAAGAUGGAGGGUCUGGAGGGGGCCGAGGCGGAGGCGGCGAUGCUUAACAACAUGCGUGUGUACGGCACCAUUGUGCUCAGUUUCAUGGCCACGGUGGUGUUUGUGGGGGUCAAGUACGUCAACAAGUUAGCCUUGCUCUUCCUGGCCUGCGUCAUCCUGUCCAUUCUGGCUGUGUAUGCCGGAGUCAUCAAGACGGCCAUCGAGCCACCUGACUUCCCAGUGUGUCUGCUGGGUAAUCGCCCGCUGAUCUCCAAAGGGUUCGACGUGUGCGCCAAAACAUUGGAGAGUGGCAACGGUACGGUCACCACCAAGCUGUGGAGCGUCUUCUGCGACUCGCCCUUCCUCAACGCCACCUGCGACGAGUACUUUGUUAACAACAACGUGUCCUUCAUCCAGGGCAUCCCUGGCGUCAUGAGCGGCAUCCUCAAAGAGAACCUAUUUGGGAAUUACCUGGAGAAGGGGGAUCUGGUGGCUAAGAAGGGGAUCGCGACCGUGGAGGGCCCUGAUGACACUCUGACCAACUCCAACCGUUACGUCCUGGCCGACAUCACCAGCUUCUUCACCCUGCUGGUCGGAAUCUACUUCCCCUCCGUCACAGGGAUCAUGGCCGGAUCAAACCGCUCAGGAGAUCUACGCGACGCUCAGAAGUCCAUCCCCAUCGGCACUAUCAUGGCCAUCACCACUACCUCAAUAGUGUACAUGUCAGCUGUGAUCCUGUUCGGUGCCUGUAUCGAGGGAGUGGUCCUUAGAGACAAGUUUGGGGAGGGCGUCAAUGGCAACCUGGUCAUUGGCACCUUGGCCUGGCCGUCCCCGUGGGUUAUUGUCAUUGGCUCCUUCUUCUCCACCUGUGGGGCGGGGCUUCAGAGCUUGACGGGUGCUCCGCGUCUCAUGCAGGCCAUCUCCAGGGACGGUGUCGUGCCCAUCCUACGGGUGUUUGGCCAUGGGAAAGCCAACGGGGAGCCCACCUGGGCCUUGCUACUGACAGCGGGUAUCUGUGAGAUUGGGAUCCUCAUUGCCUCUCUGGACGCAGUGGCCCCCAUCCUCUCCAUGUUCUUUCUGAUGUGCUACAUGUUUGUGAACCUGGCCUGCGCCUUGCAAACCCUCCUGAGGACGCCGAACUGGAGGCCGCGUUUCAACUACUAUCACUGGGCCCUGUCCUUCCUGGGUAUGAGUCUGUGUCUCUCACUCAUGUUCAUCUGUUCCUGGUUCUACGCCAUCGUCGCCAUGGUGAUCGCUGGCAGUAUCUACAAGUAUAUUGAGUUCCGCGGGGCGGAGAAAGAGUGGGGUGAUGGGAUACGAGGCAUUUCUCUCAGCGCCGCCCGAUACGCUCUGAUGAGACUGGAGGAGGGGCCUCCGCACACCAAGAACUGGAGGCCUCAGCUGCUGGUGUUGGUCAGUACAGACGUGGAGCAGAAUGUGGAGCAGCCUCGUCUGCUCUCCCUGACCAACCAGCUGAAAGCAGGCAAAGGGCUGACCAUCGUGGGCACCGCCUUGGCGGGCACCUAUCUGGAGAACCACCCCCAGGCCCAGCGGGCAGAGCAGUCUCUGCGUAAGCUGAUGGAGACAGAGAAGGUGAAAGGCUUCUGCCAGGUCACCAUCUCGUCCAACAUGCGCGACGCCACCUCCCACCUGCUCCAGGCUAGCGGGCUGGGCGGCCUCAUGCACAACACGGUGCUGGUCAGCUGGCCGCGCAACUGGAAGCAGGCCGAUGACCUACAGACCUGGAGAGAUUUCAUUGAGCUGGUUAGGGAGACCACUGCAGCCCACCUGGCCCUGCUGGUGCCCAAGAACAUUGCUGCCUUCCCUUCCAAUGGAGAGCGCUUCUCCGAGGGCCACAUCGACGUGUGGUGGAUCGUCCACGAUGGAGGCAUGCUGAUGCUGUUGCCCUUCCUUCUGCGCCAGCACAAGGUGUGGAGGAAGUGUAAGAUGCGCAUCUUCACCGUGGCCCAGAUGGACGACAACAGCAUCCAGAUGAAGAAAGACCUGACCACCUUCCUGUAUCACCUGCGUAUCGAUGCCGAGGUUGAAGUGGUGGAAAUGCACGACAGUGACAUCUCGGCCUACACCUAUGAGAAGACCCUGGUGAUGGAACAGCGAUCGCAGAUCCUCAAGCAGAUCAACCUGACCAAGACCGAGCGAGAGAGAGAGAUCCAGAGCAUCACAGACUCAUCCCGCGGAUCCAUCCGACGUAAGAAUCCGGCGGUGGUGACCACCCAGCUGAGUGUGACCGAAGAACAGCCUGGGGUGAGCAGCAAGGUGGAGAAACCAGAGGAAGAGGUCCAGCUCAUCCACGACAGCACCAGCCCGACCAGUCCGGCUACUCCUCUGACUCCAGCCUCCGAGGGUGGGGCCCAGACCCCAGGGUCUGCACAGGUCCAGAUGACCUGGACAGAAAAGGCCGACGGCGAGCCGGCCAAGCCGCCUGGCGCCUCCACGCCGCAGGGCAUCAAAGACAUUUUCAACAUGAAGCCUGAGUGGGAAAACCUAAACCAGUCCAAUGUGAGGCGCAUGCACACGGCACUGAGGCUGAAUGGUGUCAUCGUGAAGAAAUCCUCAGAGGCCAAGCUGGUGCUCCUCAAUAUGCCUGGGCCGCCCAAUAACCGGUCUGGAGACGAGAACUACAUGGAGUUCCUGGAGGUCCUGACUGAGGGUCUCAACAGGGUCCUCCUGGUUCGUGGUGGCGGUCGCGAGGUCAUCACCAUCUACUCUUGAGAGAGCAGACCUUUCUCCCCUACGAACCCCUUCAUCUCCCGAACCCCACAUCUAGAAAAAAUACCCCACUUCCAUUUGUGUUUGUAAGACACUCCCCUCACACCCAAGCAAUAGACCAGCUCGCUCUAAAUGAUAUUCUGUUUGCCUAACACACACACACAGUUUAAAUAAGUUCACCCCAUACACCACCCCACCCCUAUGAGCACAAGAAGUUAAAAGAUUUAUAUUGGGUUAAAAAAAUACUGAAAAUAUGUAUUUUAGCUUGAAAACACGCUGAAAAUACAUAUAUUUUUGGUCGAAAAGAUGCUGAAAAUACCUAUUUGGGGUUGAAAAAAAUGUUUAAAAAAAUACAUUUUUUAGCAUCUUGUGCUCACUGGAUACAGAGCUACACCUCACUCUUCUAGCCCUUUUCUGGCCCUAUAUGAUGUCAGAGGUAGCUGCUUUUAGCCUCAUAUCAAAUAUAACAGAUGCUCAGAGACUUGGCCUUCCCCUCUCCGUGGCCCAAAUAACUUAUAAAGGAAAGGUUCAGGCCACUUCCAAAUCAGCCAGAAAGAUUAUCAGUCAAUACUCUGAAAUGAAAUAGUGUAAGAUAGCGCCCUCUGCUGAAUAAUUUGCAGUUAGACAUCACUGCCCAGCUCCACCCACUUUUGUGUUAUUCACAUCUGCCUUUUGAUCAAUUCACUAGUUUAAAAACAAUUAUAAAUGAUGUAACCUUUAUUUAACUAGGUAAGUCAGUUCAGAACAAAUUCUUAUUUACAAUAACGGCCAAACCCUAACCCGGACGACGCUGGGCCAAUUGUGCGCCACCCUAUGGGACUCCCCAUCAUGUCUGGUUGUGAUACAGCCUGGAAUCGAACCAGGGUCUGUGACUCCUCGAGCACUGAGAUGCAGUGCCUUAGACCACUGCGCCACUCGGGAUCCCUAGUCACUCGGCUAUGGAGUCGAAGGAUACAGAGGGUUAGGUGCGCUGGGGUUGUUCAGUGUGGUGUUUGUGCCUGUGUGUUUAAGUGUCACAUUCAUCCGAUUGUGGUUUGUUUUUACGAGGGGAUGUUUUAGAGUGCCAUCGAGUCACCUACCUGUAAACAUGGAGUAGCCUUCCAAGACUGAACGGUGGAGGACUGAGGAUGUUGACAUUGUGUAGCUAGUCUGUGAAACCACAGCAAAGAGAGAAUAUCGAAAAGCUCCUGUGGCAAACCCUGUUCAUCACGUGAAGAGAUGACCACCGUCGAGAAAGACUGCUACCCACGGUCAUGGUCGGUGGUUGGAAGAGAAUGUGGUCAUUUUUUAAAUCCGGGUCAGUCAUGAACGAAAGAACCACAUUUGGAGGAAGAUGGGAGAGAAACAAACAAGCCUCCCGUGAUGACAUAGAUCACGCUUCAUGAACUUUGACCUCAUCUUGAGCACUCCGCAACAUGUUUGUUUUUGCUCACGCAUUGUCAUCAUAUUUAUACUUGUCCCCUUUCCCCUUUCUAAGUGGCUAUGUGUCCUUACUAGCUCCAGCCACUGUUAGUGCCAAAAACUACAAGGCUAGCUUGGUUUUAGUUAUUGACACGUCGUUAAACUGUGAGGAGCGUUCUUAGCGGAAAAGUCGUCUAACAGGCGAGCUAGGGCUCUUUCUCAAUUGGCUUUCCUCAAUUGCUGCUGUCCUCUUUCCUCGAUUCAUUGUGUUUCCUCACCUCCUUGGACAGAGAGACAAGAGCUGUGUUCGAAUACUCAUAUUAACCAUUUGUGACGUAAAUUGAGUGUAUAAUGUGCUUAUUGGUCAUAGUAUGGAUAUAGUUAGUAUGCCAAAAGUUCACGGAUUUCGUACUCCAUUCGACAAAAUACAAAGUAUACAUGCAGUAUUUCAGUGCUUUUAGGGCCAUAAUGUUUUCAGAUUUUAAGAAAAUGGCGGAAAACGAGAGCGGAUACAAAUAUGACAAAUGUUAAGAAACUGUUGAGCAAUGUAAUGACUUUUCCAGUAAGUUACCUUACACGUUAUGUAGGCUGAGAAUUUGUUAGCUACGCUGUCCUUAUGAACCACAUAUAAUAAAAAAUAUUAUUUGACCUUUAUUUAACUAGGCAAGUCAGUUAAGAAGAAAUUCUUAUUUACAAUGACUGCAUACCCCGGCCAAACCCGGACAACGCUGGGCCAAUUGUGUGGAAUAUGGGAGUCGCAAUCACGGCCGGUUGUGAUACAGCCUGGAAUCAAACCAGGGUCUGUAGUGACGCCUCUAGCACUGAGAUGCAGAGCCUUAGACCACUGCGCCACUCGGGAGCCCCAUGUAGGUACCCGUUAGCUAACGUUAGUUGGCUACUAAUACAUCAAACUUGCUAGUAUAUUAACUAUAUUCUAUCUAACUAACUCCCCAACAUUUUUUGACUUGAUUAUUCCCAUCAUUGUUAGUUUAGCUAAGUGGUAUAGUUGUUGUGCGGUUCUCAACGGACAUUCGGGUGUGUUUUCGUAAAUUCGCUCUGGCUAUCUACUCCAAUUUCAGAGCGCUCUCCUCUGAGUGUGCCACAGCACAGAAUAACUGAUGAAUUUACUAAUGCUUGACACCAGUUCAAUAUGGUCGGUGUCAGUAAACAUCGUCAAAAAAGUGUAAUUAAAUUGUUGCCAGCAGCACAGGUAUAGUUACCAACGCUCUGGAUAACAUGAAAACAGCCUAACCAGCUCUGCUAGGGCGAGUAAAAUGGUCAGAGUGAGGUGUUCUCUCAUUUGUGUCUGGAAGUACUUAGCCAGCUAGCUUUGGUGCUUGACUGCAGUUGGGACUUCAGAACGCUUGGAUCAACCCGAGCAUCCAGUUAGCGCUCUGAACACUCUGAAUUUACAAACCCCCAGAACACACUCUGGCACUCCAGAUUGAAUUUGAUAACAAACCCGAAGUUGUAAAAUGUCUAGCUUGUAAUGCAAACAAGCUAGCGAGAGGUUGCAUAGAAACAGAAUCAACUUCCAUUAACAGGCAAAGCGCUAGUAGGCUCAACUGAAGGGAUACCGUUCGUUUACAGUAUACUAAAAUUAAUUUAUAGUAUGUAGUGUUUUGCUAGUAUAUUAAGUAUGUAGUAUACAGUAUGUUAGUAUGGGUAUUCUAACAAAGCUAAUGAAUUGAGGAAAGACCAUUGAAAAAGAGCAAGGGGGUGAUUAUAAGCAGUGACAUCAUCUUUGUCAGGCACCUGAUCCCAGUGUGGAUCACUGUAAAUAGUGUACAAGCUCUGACGCGUUGUUAAGUAUGACUGUAGUAUUUUUGUGACUUACUAAAAAGCUUCUAGUGGAGAACAUGUUCCUUCUCUCAAAGGGUCGGCUCCAAACUGCUUUUGGAUGACUUAGGCUCCUAUCACUAUGGUAACUGUUGCUGUAUCCUUGAUGAGUAUUGCACUGCACUGUCCACCACUGUUCAACAAGUGAUUUAAAAAUGUUAUUUUUCCAUCUAGAAAACAAAAAGUUGUUUGUUUAUAGACAAAAGUUAAACAUAUUUAUAUAAUACAGAUAUAAUUUAGAUUAUUGCUCCAAAAAAUAUUAUGUUGUUUUGCCAAAUUUAGAUAUGUUCCAUGUGCCAUAUAAAAAAUAUUUUUUAAAUGAAAAAUAGAUCUAUGAAAGUAUAAUAUUGAUUAAAUUACAGUGUACAAAUUGUACAUUAGGUUGAUGCGUUAGCGUGCAACUAACUAAUAAUAGAUGUACAGUGAUUUAAUGGAAAGGGUUCCACAGCUAUGAAAAUCACCCUGUCCAUAAAACGGAUCUCUUUGCAGUAGAAUCCAAAUAUGUGAUUUUGUAUCCACAGAAUUGGCACAGAUGUGAGCCAAUAUUUAUGUCCUGCCAAUGAAUGGAUUAUUAGCAAAUUAGAAUAAAAACCUUAUAAAGUGCAUUUUGAAAGGAAUGUGCAAUACCUGAAAUUUGGUCUCACAUAUUCAUGUUUGUUUUUUUUACCAUAUAUUUUGUGUAGAUUUAUUAAUAUAAUCUCACACUGACCAAGGACAGCUAUCAUCGUGUUUUCAUUUUCUGUUGUGAAAGAAACUGUUUUUGGUCACUUGCACUUGUAUUAGAACUAUGAAUAUAAAUAUAUAUAUAUAUAUAUAUAUAUAUAUAUACAAUAGAGAGAAUAAAACAAUUGAUGAAACUAGUUUAUAUAGAUAUUGAACACAGUAUUUAUGUUUAAAGUGUAAUUUGAAAGUCAGACUCAGAUGUUGUGAAUGCUGCUAGUAUUAUUAGAUUUAUUUGAACUGUAAAUUAACAUGUCUAAAGGAACAUAUAUACAAAAGAUAUCAGAAAGAGAGGUAGGCAUAUAUAGAAAUACAUAUCAGUGCUGGUGGCUUGUCUCCUCCAAGACAGGACCCGGCUUUACCUAUUAACUAUUGUCCCGAGAGUCUUUCUGGACAGGAGUCAUUGUCCGCUUUGGAGGAGAACUCUCCUGAAGAUACUAUACAAUAUUUUGUGGCAAUACUUAGACCAUUGGGGUGCAAUGUUUUUGGAGAGUCCGGGGGCAGUCCCCCCCUCUCUCUUUUCACAAAUGGAAUGGCACUCGAUUAUCCCAUCACCUUAUAUUCACAUUUAUUCUAGAGGAACUCUGAGCCCAGACUGCAGGUUUGAAUGUUUUAUCGAGUUGAAUUGACAACAGUAGUGCAAGAAAGUGUUGUUAGCACUUAAAGUUAAGUCAAGGAAAGUGACUUGUUUUACAUUUUGAUUGCACUGACUGAAAUGUUAACUGCAGUGGAACAAAAGUUCUCUAUCAGUUACAUCAUAUCUCUUGCUAGAAAAUACUCUGGCCACUGAUCUGGCCACUGAUCUAGCCGCUGAUCUGGCCACUGAUCUAGCCACUGAUCUGACCACUGAUCUGGCCACUGAUCUAGUUUUUACAAAUGGACAAAACAUUAUUAUAACUCUUUUCCUUACUUUAUAUGAUGUAUGAUUCUCUCCUAUUAUUACACAAUUUGAUUAAUAGACACUCAUAUCAACUUUCAAAAUAUGUGGCUAUUUGGGGGAUGUUACCAGAACAUUUGCCUGAGCCUUUAAUUGAAGAGUUUAAUGCCAAAAUGCUAUAUAUCAACUUUCAGAAAUGUUGGUAAAUUUGUUUUUAUUGUUUAAAGAAAUUAUGAAAGAGAUUGGUGUGUUUUUUUUCUGCCUAAUCAUGACAUUGGGUUGUUCAAUGACAAGAUUGGUUAAAAAAGCAUUAAUGGGAAAUUGUCAAUGUGUUUUAUAAUUACUGUUUGCAUGGUCUUAUGUGGGAAUAUUUGUUUCAGUGCUUUAUGGUGUGAUGACUUACAUGAACAAGGCAGGUUGUUUGGAGGGGGCACGUCCUGUAGCAAACACUAGGGCUCCCUUUGGUAGAGACCCUGAGAAUGAUUUCCUCAUGGUUACGUUGCUAGUUAAACAUAGAAAAAAAGUAUUUUGGAAAAAAAGUUUGAGUUCCCAAUAUUAUUACUUGUCAUAUUUCAAUCUUGAUAAAUAACUGUUGAUUAACGUAAUAUGAUAUCUUAUUAGUUGAAUGGAUGGGCAAUAGAGAUCAUUUUGCUUUGUAUAUAACGCUGCAGUCAAAGACACUGUAGCCAACGAUGUUGUCCUUUGUUGUACACUGUUUUAUCACUGUGGACAAAGUCUUAGCGUUUUGUAAAAUGAUGUGCAAAUUGUUUUUAUUUGGAUAAUCGCUUUUCAUUACAACACAUUAACAACUGACAAGUUGGCGUUCUGCUCAUCAGAAUGUCUAGAACCAGGUCUAAAGGACCGUAAAGUUAUCGUGUGUUCAUCUCGACUGUGGUUGUUGCGACAGAGAAACACUUAUUGUGAUUAAAGGUUUGAGCACCUAAUCAGUGUUUGAUAGAAACAAACUUGCCCAGUUUAAGCACUGAUUCAUAGCGUCCUCCUGUGGUAUAAGUGAGUACUGCAGACAGUUGGCGUACAUCUGUGAGAAAGACAGAGAGGGAUACAUAGAUCAGAUUUCGCCAUCACUCUGCAGUUUUUCACUGCAAUUAUAUCCUACCUGUUAAUUUUAUUUCCUUCAUAUUGAGAAUCCCUGGAGAUUUGUAAACCUGUGGUCACAAAUCUCCGCUCUCCCAGCCCUGUAUUUAUACGUACGUAUGUGAUUUCAGUAUAAUUCUGAAUAUUGACACAAAGAAUAUAAAACAAGCGCUUCCACUUCUGGUACUGGCUCUGCUUGGACGGCUUAAUUAAGGGUAACUCGGGAGCACCAAAUAGCUAUCUCAUCUAGGGCAGAUACACAAACCACUCCUAAAUCCGACCGUUCGCCUGCACAAUUGUAGCAUGAGACGAGUCGGCUGGUGAUCAUUGUGAAUGAUUCUCCAUCCUCGAAUGGAUAUUAAGGGCUCCAAAAUAUAUCUGUUCCUGUGUUAAAGAGGUUGUCCUUUCGAGGGGACACAAAAAACGACAAAAAACACAAAUUGGAGUGUAGUGCCUCACCAUAACCGUGGUUUUAGUCAACAAGACUGAACUGUGAUCCCGCCACAACCUCAGUCUGUCACCUACUUAUCCCGAACCAAAGGUGUUUAUACACUUCAAAUUGGUGAUUAUUGUGUACAUGCUGUGCAAGCAGAGCCCCACUCCAGGUCUGUUGUGUAACUCAAUGCAUGCACAUUAUCCUGAACAAGGUGUAGUACUGAAUAUAUUGAAGUGUUUGUGGUAUACUGUGUUCUGUUCAUAUUGUUUUAGUUAGAUCGACCCCUUUCUUUAGACUGAAUGGAUAACAAUUGUUUGCAUCUAAGAUAAAUGAAUAUAUCAGUAACAGGAUUCUAUUUUUAUUCACUUUGUUGAAGAGGUCCCUCCACAUCUUAUAUCAAUUGUUUCAUAUAUAUAAUAUAUCUGCAGAUAACUGAAAUAUACUUUGGUAAUCCGUUUAACACUUGUGAAAUUAUGUACCACUGAAUUAAAUGUAAACUCAGAUUAGAUGACAAAUCGCCUUGAUUCCACACAGAGGGCUCCUGAGGUGUUUCAGAAAUUGGCAGCUACCCCCCCCCCCCCCCCCUCCCCACACACACACACACAAAAAUUGAAAUUCACCAUUAUUUCAAAAACAACAUAUUUUCAGAUUUUGUCAAACAAAAAUGUGAAGGGUAAACAUUACAAAACACAAACACUUAAAGAGAAUGAUCAUGUAUUUGUCCAAAUUCUACAAACAUCCAAUGAGCCAUGACCAGCAUUCCUCAUGGUCUGGCUUUCUGACCCAUAAGCUUCUGCUAUGGUGUCAAUCUUAGCAUGAAUGUCCCUUUGAAGCAAAUUACAAAACAAUUCCACCAAUUCAGAUCAACAUAAAGCAUUAAGACAUUUUUGGUUUGUCGUCAAUUCCUGUUGUGCAAGACAUUUUGUAUAAAUGUUUGGAAAAGGAAUGGAUGUAGAUAAAGAAUAUAUACACAUACAACUUAAAUCAAAGUGAACCUGUUUUUCCCUCUCAAAACCUUAGACCUCUUCCUUGGUACUGUACAAGUAUUCUGGUGGGGCAGUAGUGUUCCUGUGUUUUCAGUUCUGUGGGUGUGUGUACACAAUGUGCACUUGUAAACACAGGGGGGGGGGGGGUCUUGAGUAAGGGUGGGGGGAGUUCUGUGCAUAAACCCAAAAGUUAGUGUCAGUGUUAAUUUUGUGUCGGUGUUAAAUAUUUUAAAUAAAAACGAUUCUAUAUUGUGUAUCAUGGUAUAUUAAAGAAAAAAGUUACAUCUCUAUAGCUUCUGGCGAUACCUGUUCCAUUUUAUAGAUUUGUCAGCACAAAAUGCAAUAAACCAAUAUCAUUU